AUGGACAAAUCUUACACCAAGGCUAAGGAGAUAUUAGACCGCAUUGCUAAACACGACAUGGAAUGGGUGGACGAUACGUAUGGUGGAAGAGCUGACAGGAAGAAGAGAUCUCAGAAUGUUAAUUCUAUCGAUUCCAACGCAUUAGCCAUACUUUCUGCUCAAGUGGCUACGAUGACCAGCCUUUUGCAGAACAUAAAGCUAGGAAACGCAUCAAAUCAACAGAAGGUGAAUCAGGUAGAAGCGUUCGGGCAGCCCAUGUUUAGCUAUGUGGGUUGUGGAGAUCCUCACUCUUAUGCGGAUUGCCCACAAAAUCCUCAGUCAGCGUCGUCUAUCAGAAACCUUGAAAUACAGGUUGGGCAGAUAGCAAGCGAGUUGAAGAACAGGCAGCCUGGAGUUCUACCUAGCAACACUGAAACACCUGGGAGCAACAAUGGAAAGAAGCAAUGUCAUGCGGUGACGUUGCGAAGUGGAAGAGCUCUUGAAGAAAGAAGAAUGAAUCCAAGAAACAACAGUCCUUCGAAAGAACACAUCACAUGUUCAAUGGAUCAAGAAGAAAGAACGCCCGAGACCACAAGCCAUUCAGAACCCAAGGCCUUGGAGCAGAUGCCAACAUAUGUCAAAUUUUUUAAGGACAUUUUGACGAAGAAAAGAAGAGUCAAUGAGACAGAAGUAAUCGCGCUAACGCAGGAGUGCAACGCGUUAGUAAGCAACAGUCUACCCAAGAAGCAGAAGGACCCUGGGAGCUUCACAGUUCCUUCCUCGAUAGGAGGAUUGGAUGUGGGUCAUGCAUUGUGCGAUCUGGGAGCCAGCAUUAAUCUCAUGCCACUUUCAAUUUUUAAGAAACUGGGAAUUGGCGAAGCACAACCUACUUUUGUUACUCUUUAUCUUGUUGACAAAACAAUCAAGUACCCAGAAGGAAAGAUUGAAGACGUUCUAGUAAAGGUUGACAACUUCAUAUUCCCAGCAAACUUUAUUAUCUUGGACUAUGAAGCAGAUAGGGAGGUACCAAUUAUCCUUGGAUGCCCUUUCUUAGCUACUGGGAAAGUUUUAAUUGAUGUGCAUAAAGAUGAAUUAACUAUGCGCGUGGACAAUGAAGAGGUGAAGUUUAAUGUAUUAAACGCAUUAAAAUUCCCAGAUAGUGAAGAUUGUCAACUGAACAGUAUUGAGUUGCCUGAAGAAAAGACCCAUGUAUGCGAGGUCCUCGCGUUGGAGGAAAACCUGAAAGAAUCAGAGACGCCAAGUCUGAGUGAGCGGCGGACAAAACCAACGCGUCCAUCACUUGAGGAACCAUCAGAACUUGAGUUGAAACAGUUACCUAGUCACCUGAAAUAUGCCUUCCUUGGAACAAACAACACUUUACCUGUGAUCAUUUCCACAAAUCUUACAGAGCCUAAGGAGCACUCUCUCUUGCAGAUGCUAAAAAAGCACAAGCAUGCAAUAGGUUGGACGCUAGCGGAUAUCCGUGGCAUUAGCCCAUCCUAUUGCAUGCAUAAGAUCAGGCUAGAAGAAGGGAAGUCGGAGUCGAUCGAGCCUCAAAGAAGGUUGAACCCCAUAAUGAAAGAAGUGGUCAAGAAAGAAAUUUUAAAAUGGUUAGACGCGGGAGUCAUCUAUCCUAUAUCCGACAGUAGUUGGGUAAGUUCAGUCCAAUGCGUUCCCAAGAAAGGGGGAACGACUGUGAUAGUCAACAGCAAUAAUGAGCUCAUACCCUCGAGGACUGUCACGGGCUGACGCAUCUGUAUGGAUUAUAGGAAGAAGCUCAACGCAGCAACUAAGAAAGAUCAUUUCCCCCUUCCUUUCAUCGACCAAAUGCUUGACAGACUUGCGGGCAAAGGAUUUUAUUGCUUUCUUGAUGGAUACUCUGGUUAUAACCAGAUUUUGAUUGACCCAGAAGAUCAGGAGAAGACUACAUUUACCUGUCCCUUUGGAACAUUUGCAUUCAGACGCAUGCCCAUUGGGCUGUGUAACGCACCUGGGACAUUUCAAAGGUGUAUGAUGGCUAUCUUCUCUGACUUCUUAGAAAAGACCGCUGAAGUCUUCAUGGACGAUUUUUCAGUCUUUGGAGACUCAUUCCAGUCAUGCCUAGAUAAUUUGGAGGCUGUCCUCGCUCGAUGUGAAGAAACAAACCUUGUGCUGAAUUGGGAAAAAUGUCAUUUCAUGGUGACUGAAGGAAUUGUCUUAGUCCAUAAAGUAUCCAAGGCUGGGUUGGAAGUAGAUGAAGCCAAAAUAGAUGUCAUAGCAAAACUUCCACCACCAUAAAAUGUUAAAGCUUUACGAAGUUUUCUAGGGCAUGUUGGCUUCUAUAGAAGGUUCGUUAGAGGAUUCACUCAAAUUGUGCGACCUCUGAGUGCAUUACCAGAGGCGAACUGGCCUUAUGAUUUUAAUGAAGACUGCACUGACGCGUUUGAAACAUUGAAAUAUGCGUUGACGACAGCCUCGAUACUAAUAGCACCUGACUGGACGCAACAUUUUAUUCUCAUGUGUGAUGCGAGUGAUGUGGCAAUAGGAACAAUGUUAAGGCAGAAGAAAGGUAAUUUGAUACAUCUCAUCUCUUACGCGUCCAAAACACUGAAUGACUCUCAGGAACACUACACCACCACUGAAAAAGAAAUGUUGGCUGUAGUGUUUGGCAUUGAGAAGUUUAGAUCUUACUUAGUUGGUGCGUCAGCCACCAUAUAUACCGAUCAUUCAGCCACAAAAUUCCUGAUGAGCAAAAAGGACGCGAAACCAAGGUUCAUAAGAUGGGUGCUGCUGUUACAGGAGUUUGAUAUUUAUUUCCCAUUUAUAAAAAAAAAAUCGCAUUAUUUUCAAGAAAAACGAAAGGACAAAAAAAUGAUUGAUAUCCAGAAUAAAAAGGGAAUAGAGAAUCAAGUGGCUGACCACCUGUCCAGACUAGAAAAUCAAGAAAUGCAAGAUCAAGAAAGUGAAAUCAAGGACGCAUUUCCUGAUGAAAGCCUGUUUAGAGUUGAAGGAAGGGAACCUUGGUACGCAGACAUAGUCAAUUACUUAACUACCAAGCAAUUCCUUGGGAACUUCAACUCUCAGCAAAAGGUUAGUUCAUGA